AUGUCCAUUGUAGCACUAAAGAACGCAGUGGUGACUCUCAUACAGAAAGCCAAAGGUAGUGCUGGAACCUCAGAAUUUGGGGGGUCUGAAUCGACCCCCUUGCUGAGAGGUAACAAUAAUAAUAGUCCAAGACAUGAUAACACAUCUUCAUCUAGCUCAGAUAUUAUCUAUGAUAGAAAUGAAACACAAGAUCUGGAAAACUCGCCGAUAUCGGUAGGAAAAGAUAAUGGGAAUGACGAUAGCGGCUCGAAGAACGAAAAGACUGACGUAGGAUUCUUCCAAUCAGUGGACCCUCGUGUUAUCAGCGAUCUGAUUAUCGGACUGAGCGAUGGUUUGACUGUUCCCUUUGCGCUAACAGCCGGUCUAUCGUCACUUGGUGAUGCAAAAUUGGUCAUUACAGGUGGGUUUGCCGAACUGAUCUCAGGUGCGAUCUCUAUGGGCCUUGGUGGCUAUCUAGGAGCAAAGAGUGAGUCUGACUAUUAUCAUGCUGAAGUAAAGAAGGAGAAAAGGAAAUUUUAUGAUAAUUCUAAUUUAAUUAACAGAGAAAUUGAAGACAUUUUAUUAGAGAUUAAUCCUAAUUUCUCGGAUGAAACGAUUGUUUCGUUUAUCAAAGAUUUGCAAAGAACACCUGAACUAAUGGUAGACUUUAUUAUCAGGUACGGUAGGGGUCUAGAUGAACCUGCAGAAAAUAGAGAACUAGUCAGUGCACUUACGAUUGGUGGCGGUUAUCUACUUGGUGGGCUAGUACCACUAUUACCAUAUUUUUUUGUCUCAGACGUGGGCACAGGUCUCAUUUACUCUAUUAUAGUCAUGGUUGUAACACUAUUCUGGUUCGGUUAUGCAAAGACAAAAUUAUCCAUGGGUAGUGGUAGUUCGACCUCCAAGAAAGUUACAGAAGGUGUUGAAAUGGUCGCCGUUGGUGGUGUAGCAGCAGGUGCAGCUUGGUUCUUCGUUAAAUUACUGGGUUAA